GGUUUUCAAUCGGGACUACCUGAUUCCCACAAGAACUUAGCACAGGUUUAAUGCUGGAUGCUCUUCCUUGUGGAACCCCUUCCCUUUGGGACCGGUGGGGAUUGGACCUCGGCCCCUUCGCAUGGUACUGUAGGUGGCAGCAGAGACACAUCAGUAAAGGAGCACCACAGGAAAAGGGAAAAGGAAGAAGAGAAAAGCACAGACCAGGAAAAACAGGACACUGAAUGUGCUAACAUGAUAAACACUGAAAAAGAGCUGUUUUUAAAUCCCCAGUCUCUGGAUUAAACUAUCACACACACACACACACACAGAUGUGUGUAUGAACAUGAGAUACGGGACACGUUGGUGAAGUAAUGAGAGGAAGAUAAGCUGAAAGUCUGAGACUCUAUAAGCAGCUUUGUGCAGGUGCAGCUUGGAGAAUAAUUUAGGAAAUAAUGGAUGUAGAGCCAGCAGGUGGCGCUAGCCUCAUACAGAAGUUGAAGCCACAGCUGAUAGAUGCUCUGUGCGGAGAUCCCGACUUUCUGCUCCAGCACUGCCAUUCAUCCAGCUUACUGACCCAGAAAGAAUAUGACCACGUCAAAGCGUCUCCCUUGCCGUGGGAUAAAACGCGGGACAUCCUGGAUUACAUGAUAAGCAAAGAUGGAAAUCGCAUUCAGAAAUUCCUGGGUCUCUUAAUGACAAAUGAGAUUCAGGAGACGUUUCCUAAACUGGAGUUUCUUAAGGAGUUGUCUCUGAACACACUGAGAAAUGAAGGGAAAAAGAGGAAGAAAAGUGAAGAAAUGCAACAAGAGGAGGAAGUUUCCAGAAAUCAGCUGAACAAAGUUAAAAAAUGCAGCGGGAUGGUGACGGAGAAGCAGUUAAUGAUGGUGGCUCGCUACAUUGGAAAAAACUGGAAGGAGGUAGGCAUGGUGGCUCUGGAGAUCCCCAGCGUCAGACUGGAGCAGAUCGCUGAGGAUAACCCAAACAGCCACAGAGACCGGGUGUUCAGCAUGCUGCACUUCUGGAGCACGAGAGAGAGGAAUAAAGCCUCGGCCACUUACCUGCACUCGCUCCUCAUGCAGGAAGAAAUCGGUGUGACACCCGGGAGCAUCGACUUCCUGCUGGAGGAGAGCUAGGGUUCGAGUUACUGCUUCAUGUCCUUAUUGUAUGUAGUUACUAAGGUGGAUGUGUAAUGAUGAUUUUAAACACCUGUAGAUGUUAUGUCAUAUAAGGGGGUUCUCAGAGUAGCUGCAUAGACUGAUUUUUUUUUUUCUUUUAUAUUUAAAUUUUUUAUUUGUUGUCUAUAAUUUUACAAUUCAAGAACUCUGUCACAGGCACAAGGUUUUUUUUUUUUUUGUUAAUUGUGUUACACAUGCAAACAUUUUAAAGUGAUUUCAUGGAUCUCUCAAAAACAUUUUCUAUACUUGUGCAAAAAAAUGUAUAUAGAUUUCUCUUUUAGAAACUUCUGAGCUUUGUAUAUUUGAUAUCUUUUGUAAUAUUUGUACUUUUGUACUGGUUGCAUGAAAAAAUCUAAAGAAAAACAUGCUUUCUACAUAGUUUUUUUUUUUAACAAAAUAAUUUUCAACCACAUAGAUGCUGAGUUUAUUUCCCAAUAUCACGUGUAUAUGAAUUGUUUUAUGUUAGCAGUUUAACUUAUGUAACCUGCUUACUGAGCAUAUUAAAAGUUAUUUGAUCUAGGAUAAUUUUGUUCGUACAGACAGAAAACAGAUCCUUAAAUUACUUUAAAAUAAAAAUCAGAGAAAUUAAAUUUUGGUCGAGUAAUAAAACAUUUUAUCAGUUAGUGGUACUUUGUGCUUAAUGAUUUAAAAAAGAUAAAAUUGAAAUGUACAGAAUAAAUUGCAAGCAAUAAAAAAAUAGUGAUACAAUUAUUCACAGUGUAUUAAAACUGUUUA